AUGGCACCAGUGUCUACCCGUGUCCAGAGAGAACAACUCCGCAAGCGUCGGAAUAAUCUCUUGCGACGCCACAACGAUUUCUGGCGUUUGUAUGGAAUCAAGAGUUGGCUAGUCAUGGAGUCGCCCGAAGGACAGAUCUUCACGUACCACUCGCACCCGAGUAUUCCGUCGCCUUCAGGAAAAGACAUGGAAACCCGCCACAAGCCAAAGAUUGCAAGAACACCGCACGACUAUGAUUCUGCGCCAAGCUUGGACACUCUUGGAGGCAAAGUUCCGGCUCUGCAGAUCCCUAUCCGCCGACCGGCUUUAUGGAGGUCACUGGCCUGGUAUUUGAAGAAGGUCGCUUGA